UCUUCCACUGCCAUUCCCCUCUGCUUCGCUACUCUUUCUCGGGCAGAUCUUCUCCUACCCGCAUUUCGCUCUCUCCUCCCUCUACUGUUCAAAUACUCCCACUCAUACAGAGAGAGAGAGAGAGAGAGAGAGAGAGAGAGAGAGAGAUUUCUCUAUAUAAGGAGGAGAAAACAGAGAAAGAUCUUCGAAAUUGGGAAAAUGUGGUUUAGAGAGCGAAAACAGUAGUAGAACAGCUUCGAUAUUUUCUUCGCAGAUCUUGAAAUCCUUGCGAUUUCGAUCUAGAUUUCGGCGAUCGAGAAAUGUGGAAACUUGCCCGCUCGGCAGCUGCAAGCUUGCGCCAGGCGCGGCGGUUCUCUGCCGCGAUCCCCGGCCCUUGCAUCGUCCACAAGCGCGGCACUGACAUCCUCCACGAUCCGUGGUUUAAUAAGGAUACUGGUUUCCCCUUGACAGAAAGAGAUCGGCUUGGGCUCCGGGGUCUUCUUCCUCCUCGAGUUAUAUCAUUUGAGCAGCAAUAUGAUCGUUUUAUGGAAUCAUAUCGAUCCUUGGAGCAUAAUACCCACGGGGAACCCAUUAAUGUGGUCUCUUUAGCAAAAUGGAGGAUACUGAACAGACUGCAUGACAGGAAUGAGACAUUGUACUAUAGGGUCCUCAUUGAUAACAUUGAAGACUUUGCUCCAAUAAUAUACACUCCAACAGUAGGUUUGGUUUGUCAAAACUAUGGAGGUCUGUUUAGACGUCCACGUGGGAUGUAUUUCAGUGCAAAGGAUAAGGGAGAGAUGAUGUCCAUGAUCUACAAUUGGCCAUCUCCACAGGUAGACAUGAUAGUGCUGACAGAUGGGAGCCGUAUUCUUGGUCUUGGUGACCUUGGAGUUCAGGGGAUCGGAAUACCUAUUGGAAAACUUGACAUGUAUGUUGCUGCUGCUGGCAUCAAUCCACAGAGAAUACUUCCGGUUAUGCUUGAUGUUGGUACCAACAACCAAAAGCUUCUUGAAGAUAGCCUUUAUUUAGGACUACGUCAACCUCGGUUGGAGGGAGAUGAGUAUUUAUCAAUUAUUGAUGAAUUCAUGGAAGCUGUGUUUACGCGUUGGCCAAAGGCUAUUGUACAGUUCGAGGACUUCCAAAUGAAGUGGGCAUUUGAAACUCUGCAACGGUAUCGGAGAAAAUUUUGCAUGUUCAACGAUGACAUACAGGGAACUGCUGGUGUUGCACUAGCUGGAUUACUGGGAGCGGUAAGAGCACAGGGUCGACCACUAACUGACUUCGUUAAACAAAAGAUUGUUGUAGUAGGAGCUGGAAGUGCAGGGAUAGGUGUGCUCGACACAGCAAAGCAAGCUGUUUCAAGAAUGAUGGGAAAAAGUGAAACUACGGCAGCAAAGAACCAGUUUUGGCUUCUUGAUAAAAAUGGUCUUAUCACAAAAGAUAGAAAGGAUCUAGACCCGGCAGCAGCUCCUUUUGCUAGAGGCAUUGGCCCAGGAGAGAUUGAGGGACUUGGGGAGGGGGCUAGUCUCCUUGAAGUGGUUAAAAAGGUGAAGCCCCACGUACUUCUAGGUUUGUCUGGAGUUGGGGGCAUCUUUGAUGAGCAGGUGCUUAAGGCCAUGCGAGAGUCAGAUUCCCCUCGGCCUGCAAUAUUUGCAAUGUCAAAUCCUACAAUGAACGCCGAAUGCACAGCUGCUGAUGCAUUCAAAUAUGCGGGACCUAACAUUGUUUUUGCUAGUGGGAGCCCAUUCCAAAAUGUUGAUCUUGGAAAUGGAAAAGUAGGCCAUGUUAAUCAAGCAAACAACAUGUAUUUGUUUCCUGGGAUCGGUUUAGGAACUCUUCUGGCCGGUGCCCAUUUUAUUUCAGAUGGGAUGUUACAAGCUGCAUCUGAGUGCCUUGCAUCAUAUAUGACGGAUGAGCAACUCCAAAAGGGCAUCCUUUAUCCUUCUAUAUCAAGCAUUCGUCAUAUCACGACGGAAGUUGGAGCAGCUGUUCUGCAGGCAGCUGUUGCUGAAGAACUUGCUGAAGGACAUGGUGAGGUUGGGCCGAAAGAGCUCAUGCACAUGUCGAAGGACGAGAUGGUGAAGUACAUAGCACGCAGUAUGUGGUACCCUAUUUACAGCCCUCUAGUUCAUGAGAAGUGAGGAUCUUAUUUUUAGGUGAUUGCUACUUAAGGCAGUUAAUAGAUAUUAAAAUGUUCUAUCUCUACGUGUUUUUUAUUUGUUGGAAUUUUGAAUGGCCCAGUAGAAGAAAUUUGAUAAUAAGGCAUCAUCCCCUAUUUGAUUGCGGACCAUGACUUCGGGUGAUAUUCAUGUAAAUACUCUUGAAUUUUAUGAUUACUAGGGUCGCUUUUGAUUUUUUUUUU